GUUUGAGGGUUUAGGGGUUAAGGGAUUGAGGCUUUGGGAGAAGACCCAGAAUCUUAACCACCCUAAAGCUCAAAGCAAGAUUUCAACUUCUUCCAAGACUCCUCAUUAGCUGAAGAAACCAAGCAGUAGUUUUUACUAGCAUACAGUUGAAAUUCUGUUUGAUCCUGGUUCCACCACUGCUCAGGUGUCUGGUAACUGGUAAACAAUUAGGUCCUGAGAAAUCAAUGUCAACUAUUUAUGGUAUGAAGAUGCCUCGUUAGUGAAUAGGAGAUUUGGAUUUAGAGAGAAUGUUUAGUAGUCUCAGUACGCAUCAAGCUUCCAAAGGUUUGCAUCCCGAGAUCUCAAGAACUUGCUAGGCUAUAUGAGAAUCACUCAAAGAGCUGAAGAAAGCCCAGAUAAUAGAGAAACAUGCCGCAUAGAACUCGUCCUAUGACUGCACUUUUGUUGUUCACUGGACUGAAUGCUAUCUUGGUUUCAACUAUUUCUCCUGUCUAUGAUUUCGUCUGCUUUCUUCCUUUUUGGGAAAGAUGGAGGGAAAGAAUUUGCCAGGAACGGGAAGCUACAUCGUUAAAGAGUUCGGAAGCAAGAUAGAAGUAUCGGUUAGACUGUUUUCUAGUCUGUUAAACUUGGUGCAGUUAGAGGUUUUUGAUGUAUUCUAACAGUUGAGUAGAGAAAGAUACAAUGAGUAGUGAAAUCUUUUGCUUUUGCCAAUUGGACAUGAGAUAUUCGCCUGUUUACAAUGUUUCUUUUCAUCAACAAUAUGCUAAUA